CCCACCAUAAUUUAGUAAUGAUUUACAAGAAUUUUCUUAAUUGCCAAGCGUAUUAAAUAAACAAUUAAUUGUCAUCAUUAUCCGCACUUUACUGCCACCAAAUGCAAAGGUACAUGCAAUGAGUACCACUAAAGUAUAAAGACACACUAAAGACAGUCUUAUUGGCUCAAUACAAUAGUGCACUAACGAACGUUAACUGUGUGCAAGCAAUAAUAAAUUAACUCGUACAAAUGACAAUUAAAUAAAACAAAUAGUGUGAUACCAGGCUAAGAAAAUGGCAGACGACAAUUUUGUUCUUGAUAAAAAUGGAUCAGAAGAGUACACAGAAAAAUGCACCCUACAAAAUAACGAUAGAAACAAUUUUGAGACCACAGAGACAAUUGAAAGUAAAUCUUUUAAUGAAAAAAUUCGCUGUGUACUAAAAAAGGCCACACUUGAACCAACCAUGAUCAUGUUCAUGAUAUCAGUGAUGAUAUCGAUAAAUGCAACUCAAAAUUUGAGCUUAGAGAAAGCCUGUCGAGUAAACUUGAAUUACACAGACGAAAUUUGCGACUCACUACGAAUGCAGAGUGUCAAUAGUGAAAAUCAAUAUGAAAGAGAGGCUCAGAAGCUGCUAGCCUCUGCUCAACGCAAAAAAACUCUAUUAACAUCAACAGUACCCGCUAUCCUGGGUAUUUUUGUUGGGGCAUGGUCAGACAUCACAGGCCACAGGAGACUGUUCGUCCUACUGCCAUUGACGGGUCACAUUUUAAUGGGAAUCAGCCUCAUCAUUAAUACCUACUUCUUUUAUGAACUGUCCUUAGAAGUUCUGGUUUUAUGUGAAGCGUUUUUUGAGGCAUUCAGUGGCGGCUGGUGUGUGAUUUUUAUGACAAUAUUUUCGUACAUGGCUGUUAUAACAAAUAGUGAAAACAGGACGUUUCGUCUGGGCAUUGUGAAUUUCUGUACAACAGUAGGCCUGCCCAUCGGAAUAGCACUAAGUGGGGUAAUGUUGAAAAAAAUCGGUUUUCUUGGAUGUUACACUUUUGUGAUCUCUGUCCAUUUCGUAAAUUGCCUCUAUACGUUAUUUUAUGUGAAAGAUCCAAAAAGAACACCGGAACAAAAGAAGCACGACGGGCAGGGCGUCCGCUACUUCUUCAGAACGUUCUUCGACUUGUCCAACAUUAAGGAGACUAUCAAAGUGGUAUUCAAAAAUGGACCUAAAAGACGUCGGCUUAGGAUGUGCGUGCUGAUGGUGAUCGUCACCUUCUUGUUUGGACCUAUGUUUGGUGAAAUGUCUGUUAUGUACAUGUCUACACGGUACCGAUUCAACUGGGACGAAGUUAAAUACAGCCUCUUCCAAGCAUACAACUUUAUUACACAUACAAUUGGUACGGUAUUCUCCAUCACGGUGUUCAGCAAAUACCUCCAAUGGCACGACUCGAUGCUGGGCAUCAUCUCCACCGUCAGCAAGAUUGCAGCUUCUUUCGUCUACUGCUUUGCUCCUAACGAGACAAUCUUCUUCAUUGGUCCAAUGGUUGAAAUACUGAAUGGCACAUCGAUGUUAGCUUUGCGGUCGAUAUUCUCAAAGUUGGUAGCUGCAGAUGAGAUAGGAAAAGUGAACUCUAUAAUCGGUCUAACAGAGACCCUAAUGCCGUUGGCGUAUGUUCCUCUGUACACACAAGUGUACACAGCGACAAUGGAAGUGCUGCCUGGUGCUGUGUUCCUACUAGGAGCAGCCAUGACCUUACCAGCUGUAGUGGUGUUCAUAUGGUUGUUCGUGGAGCAUCGCAGGGGCUUAAGAAAAAAACCUGUAAUAGAAAAUGGCACUGAAGUUCCUCUCAAACAAAUGUGAAAAUUCUAGUCCAAUUUAAUAUUAAGUUAACGAAAUUUACUAGCUAGUUACAAUAUAAGUAGUAAGUUAAGGUUUAAACAAUUGCUACUUAGGCACGCUCAUUUCCAGUUGCUCGUGCACGUUUUAUGAGUAGGUACCUGAACAUCCGUUUUAGAAAUUGAUUCGAUUGGUCGCAUGACUACUGUUUUAUGCCUUUGAAUGAUAGAUGCCACAUUGACUAGUAGCGGUUAGGUCCCUAUUUGAGAAACAUUGUUUAUUUUCAUGUUUGAAAUAGUUUCUAAUAACUAUGAAAUCAAUAGGCUAGAGUCUAGACUAAACUUUUAACAUUUACUUACAUAAAAUUGUGCAACCUUUUGGUUUGAUAAUUGUAUUACUAAAUAAUAAGAUUAUUGGAACCCAACGUACUUAAGUAAGUAGUAACAAUAUUCUAGAUAGCAUUUAAUAUUAAAUUGUUGUAGAUACUUUUAUAAAGUAUCUAAGGAUAGGAUACUUGAUUAUUUUUGUAUUUUUAUAAAUGGUGUACUGUGCUGCCUAUAAGUAGGUAAUACCACUAUUUUGUGGUAAUACACUGAGUCACUGACCUUUAACAGUUGUGUUGGGUUUAUACAUACCUCUUCUGUAUAUAUUGAUAAUUUGUGAAUGGUAUUUUUAACGUUUUUUAAGUAUAACAUUACUUACUGUUCAUAAACAUUAUUUUGUAAGUUUACUGCGACAAGUAUUCAUCAAAAUAUAUCUGUAAAAAGCUGAA